AAGUCGGUUGCCAACCGCCAAUAUAACCCAUUGAAGAAGAAGAAGAAGAAGAAGAAGAAGAAGAAGAAGAAGAAGAAGAGUUACGCUUACGUGUUCAGUAGAUGAGCAUUCACUUGCGAAGACACUGCGUUUCUCAUUUGUUCGUGCUUCAUCUAAAGAUGCCAGCGCAGCACAAGCCCAGCCUCAGCCAUUCUCAGGCAUCUGAGAUAGUGAAGAGGCUGUUCGGGAUGACACCGUCUCUACUUUGCCCGCUGCCCAGCUACGAUGACCAGAAUUUCUAUGUGUUGACUGUGGAGGGUGGCAAGUACAUCCUAAAGGUCAUGAACUCAGUGGACAGCAAGAACCCCACCCUGCUGGAGGUGCAGACACACACAAUGGCCUUCCUACACCAGCAGGGGCUUCCUGUUCAAACAGCCCUGACCACCACCACAGGACAACUCAUGAGCCUGGAAGAGAUAGAUUGUGGAUUUGGCUGUCAGAAGUACCUGGUACGGCUGCUAUCUUAUUUACCUGGAACCACCAUUUCCAAAGUUCUUGUCUCACCACAGUUGCUUUACGAAGUUGGAAAGAUGGCUGCCAGGAUGGACAAAAUCCUACAGGAGAUGCAACAUCCUCAUCUUAGUGUUCUGCAGAGAGAGAAGUUCAUGUGGAAUCUGUCCAAUGUUCCCCUCCUGGAGUCUUAUGUCCAUUUAAUAGAUGGAGAUUAUGUCCAGGAGGUUGUACAGUCUGUCAUACAACAGUUCAAGACCUUUGUGCUUCCCAAACUCUCAGCUUUCCGCAAGUGCAUUAAUCAUGGUGACUUCAACGAUCUCAAUGUACUGGUGCAGCCGGACAAGAAUAACAGCUACAGGAUCUCUGGUAUCCUUGACUUUGGAGAUAUGAGCAGUGGCUAUUAUAUCUAUGAGCUAGCCAUUACCAUCAUGUACAUGAUGAUUGAGCACCCCGAACCCCUUGAGGUGGGUGGGCCAGUCCUGGCUGGCUGGGAGAGUGUAAUUCCCCUCAACGAUCCUGAGAGGGAUGCCCUCUAUUUGCUGGUGCUGGCACGCUUCUGCCAGUCACUGGUCUUGGCACAACACUCUAUAACCCUGCAGCCAGAGAAUGAGGAAUAUCUGAUGACCACAUCCAAGACGGGCGUCCGGAUCCUCUGCCAACUCUGGGAGCAAGGAAGGGAGAAGGUGGAGAGGAGAUGGUUCCGGGGGGAAGCUCAGUACACUGGGAGGGUGAAAAGUGAGGAAGAUCGCUCCUAAUAUACACCUCCUCUCUUGGUGCAGACAUCCGCUUACAUUGUUUUUCAUACUACUCUUUUGUUGCGUUUUUUAGCCUUGUUCAAAACUCUGUCAGACAAAGUUUCACUCAUUUUGACUUUGGACCUGUUUUAUGACCUAUAUUUUAUCACCUUCGAUAAGGCCUUUUUAUUGCAAGUUGCGUGGUAGUGUUUUUCAUGCACUUCACCCACGAGCAAAAGCAAUAAAUGUGGAUUAAUUUGUCUUGAUGGCUCUGAUAUGGAGACACAACCCAAAUCUCACGAUCUAUACAAGUGGACACAAUAUUACAGGGAAAUGAUUUUUUUUUUUAUUACAGUGUACCCCAAAUAUUAUACCUUUUAUGACCCUAGUUGUGAGAGCAGGGCAAGACACUUAAGCAAACUGUUGCUUCUUACUGUUGAAGGUUUAGCUGAUGAAGAAUUUCAUGUAUGGUUGGCUUGACUGCGACAAAAUCUGCAGUAACAAGUAUACAAUGUUAAUAUUCAUCUUAUUCUUUGGUUAGUAUUGAUGGUUGUCGUGGUGGGAUCAUUUUAAUUCUGGUGGUGAUUCUUGGAAAAAUGACUUUCCAUACCGGUAAUACCAAGAUGUGUGAAAAAUUUAAAAAACAAAGCAAAAAAGAUACAGCAAUCCACAAUAUGAAAUAGACUACUACUACUACUACAGAAAAAAGUGCAUAUUCUGUUCGAUAAGUGCCUAUGGUCAUCAAUGACAUCUUUACAUUUAUUGCUGGAAAAUAGCUUGAAUAAAAACAUGCCAGAGAUAGCA